AUGCACAAGGCUGGAGAUGUGGUUCUGGGUGGGAUGUUUAAAGUACACUUUUUUUCUGUCUUUCCUGACCUGUCUUUUACCUCAGAGCCACAAGACACUAUCUGCCAUGGUUUUGAUGUUCUAGGAUUUAGACAUGCUCAGACCAUGGCCUUUGCUGUUAAUGAAAUCAACAGAAACUCCAACCUGCUGCCUAAUGUGACUCUGGGAUACAGUCUGUAUGAUAACUGCGUCAACCUAGGAGUUGGAUUUCGUGCAGCGAUGUCAUUAAUAAAUGGUCAAGAGGAGGAAUUUAUAUUAGAAGAAUGCUGUGUGGGAGCCCCUCCCAUUCAUGGAGUUGUGGGGGAAUCUUCAUCUACACGUUCUAUUGCCAUUUCUACUGUCUUAGGUUUGUACAGAGUGCCUAUGGUGAGUUAUUUUGCCACAUGCUCCUGUCUGAGUGACCGGCAAAAGUUUCCUUCCUUCUUUAGGACAAUCCCAAGUGAUGCUUUCCAGGUUUGUGCUAUAAUUCAGAUUCUGAAGCGGUUCAGCUGGACUUGGACAGGUCUGCUCGUCAGUGAUGAUGAUUAUGGACUCAAUGCUGCCCGAUCAUUCCAGUCUGACCUGGCUCAGUCUGGUGGAGGUUGUCUGGCUUAUUUGGAGGUUUUGCCCUGGGGUAAUGACCCAGCUGAGCUACGGAGGAUUGUGGAUGUAAUGAAGAAAUCCACAGCUCGUGUGGUCAUUGUAUUUGCGCAUGAAGAUCACAUAAUUCACCUCAUGGAAGAGGUGAUGAAGCAGAAUGUGACAGGCCGUCAGUGGAUUGCCAGUGAAGCCUGGACAUCAGGAGUUGUGCUGCAGACCCCGGACCUCAUGCCAUACCUGGGUGGCACACUGGGCAUUGCCAUCCGCCGAGGAGAAAUACCAAGCCUUAAGGAUUUCCUAUUAAAAACACAUCCAGACCUACAUCACAACAGCAGUUACGGAAAUAACAUGGUAAAUCAAUUUUGGGAACACAUAUUUCAGUGCAGAUUUGCACCACCUCCGGCAGGCUGGGUGGAAUCUGGGGGAGCACUAUGCACAGGAGAGGAGGACCUAGAGAAGGUGGAGACUGAGUUUUUGGAUGUGUCUAACCUCAGGCCUGAGUACAAUAUUUACAAGGCUGUGUAUGCUCUAGCCUAUGCCCUCAAUGAAAUGCUGCAGUGUGUGCCAGGCAGAGGGCCUUUCCGCGGACGCAGCUGUGCCACUUUGCAAAGACUCAAGCCAUGGCAGCUUGUAUAUUAUUUACAAAAGGUCAACUUCACCACACCAUUUGGUGAUCAAGUGUCAUUUGAUGAGAAUGGUGAUGCUUUACCAAUAUAUGACAUUAUGAACUGGCAGUGGCUCCCUGAUGGAAGAACAAAAGUUCAAACUGUGGGUGCAGUUAAGAAGUCAGUGAUCAAAGGUGAAGAAUUCACAAUUGAUGAGGACAAAAUCUUCUGGAACUUUAAAUCCAAAGAGCCGCCCCGGUCAGUGUGCAGUGAGAGCUGCCCUCCAGGUAGCCGCAUGGCCAGAAAGAAGGGUCAACCUGAGUGCUGUUUUGACUGCAUCCCUUGUUCAGAGGGAAAGAUCAGCAAUAUGACUAAUGCUAUGGAGUGCACAAGGUGUCCAGAAGACUUCUGGUCCAGCCCCCAGCGUGACCACUGUCUUCCUAAGAAAACAGAAUUCCUCUCAUAUCAUGAGCCUCUGGGUAUUUGUUUGAAAACCACAUCAUUACUGGGCACAUUUAUCUGUGCUGUUGUCCUGGGGAUCUUCAUCUAUCAUCGCAGCACACCCAUGGUACGCGCUAAUAAUUCAGAACUGAGUUUCUUGAUCUUGAUCUCACUGAAACUAUGUUUUCUGUGCUCACUGCUGUUCAUUGGUCGCCCAAGACUAUGGACAUGCCAGCUGAGACAUGCAGCAUUUGGAAUCAGCUUUGUGCUUUGUGUCUCAUGUAUCCUGGUGAAAACCAUGGUGGUUCUGGCUGUUUUCAAGGCCUCCAAACCAGGAGGUGGAGCCAGUCUGAAGUGGUUUGGUGCUGUGCAGCAGAGAGGGACAGUUCUGGCUCUUACAUCAAUCCAGGCAGCAAUCUGCACUGCCUGGCUUGUAUCUUCUUCACCAGUUCCUCAUAAAAACACUCAAUACCACAAUGACAAAAUCGUGUACGAAUGUGUAGUUGGCUCCACUAUUGGGUUUGCAGUGUUGCUGGGUUAUAUUGGCUUACUGUCUAUCCUCAGCUUCCUGUUAGCAUUUCUGGCAAGGAAUCUUCCAGACAACUUCAAUGAGGCCAAACUCAUCACUUUUAGUAUGCUGAUCUUCUGUGCUGUGUGGGUGUCCUUUGUCCCUGCUUAUGUCAACUCCCCAGGCAAAUAUGCAGAUGCUGUGGAAGUAUUUGCCAUUCUGGCCUCCAGUUUUGGCCUCUUGGUGGCACUGUUUGGCCCCAAAUGUUACAUAAUCCUGUUUAGGCCAGAGAGAAACACAAAGAAAGCAAUCAUGGGACGAGGCACAACCACAUCGGGUUCGGGGAUUGCCGCCACGGCAGGCACCGACCACCUUGCGGCCACAGCUCCGGUCGGCCGCCUUAACAAUGGAGGCACGGAACAUGGCCCACUCGGACUCAAUGUCCCCCGCCUCCCCCGAAACACGGUCAAAGCUCUACCGGAGGCGGAGGGAGGCUACCCUCCCGUCUACCGGGGUGAACUCCAACAUACAGGCACCAAGCCGGGGGGCAAUAAGUAUUGCCACCCCUGCCCGGCGCCUCUCACCAGUGGUAACUCCAGAGUGGAGGAGAGUCAAACCCCUCUCGAGAAGACUGGUUCCAGAGCCUUUGCUAUGUGUCGAGUCGAGAGUCGGCUGCCGCCCAGCUCACAGCGCACCCAACCCCUCUGGCCCCUCCCACUGGUGGUGAGUCUGUGGGAGGGGGGUGAAGGCCUGGCCACCAGGCGCUCGCCAUCGAGACCCACCCCCAGGCCUGGCUCCAAGGGGGGGCCCCGGAAGGGAAUUAACAGGAGGAGAGUCAUGUGGGCAUUUUUAGAAUUGUUCUUGCUCAUGUACUUUAUGUUGUUAUCUUCAUAUGUUUCCUCUGCUGUGUCUUCCCCUCUUUAUUCCUCCUCUUGCCAGUUACAGGGACAGUUUCAUCUCAAUGGGAUGCACAAGGCCGGAGAUGUGGUUCUGGGUGGGCUGUUUAAAGUACACUUCUUUUCUGUCUCUCCUGACCUGUCUUUUACCUCAAAGCCACAAAAGAUUACCUGCCAGGGUUUUGAUGUUCUAGGAUUUAGACAUGCUCACACAAUGGCAUUUGCUGUUAAUGAGAUCAACAGAAACUCCAACCUGCUGCCUAAUGUGACCUUGGGAUACAGUCUGUAUGAUAACUGCGUCAAUCUAGGAAUUGGAUUUCGUUCAGCACUGUCAUUAGUCAGCGGUCAAGGAGAAGAAUAUAUACUACAAGAGAGCUGUGUAGGAGCACCUCCAGUCCUGGGGAUUGUGGGUGAUUCUUAUUCUCAACCUACUAUUGCCAUCUCCACUGCCUUAGGUUUGUACAGAGUGCCUAUGGUGAGUUAUUUUGCCACAUGUUCCUGCCUGAGUGACCGACAAAAGUUUCCAUCCUUCUUUAGGACAAUCCCAAGUGAUGCCUUCCAGGUGCGGGCUAUGAUCCAGAUUCUUAAACGGUUCGGCUGGACUUGGGCAGGUCUGCUCGUCAGUGAUGAUGAUUAUGGACUCCAUGCUGCCCGAUCAUUCCAAGCUGACCUGGCUCAGUCUGGUGGAGGUUGUCUGGCCUAUUUGGAGGUUUUGCCCUGGGGUAAUGACCAAGCUGAGCUACGCAGGAUUGUGGCUAUAAUGAAGAAAUCCACAGCUGGUGUGGUCAUCGUCUUUGCACAUGAGAGUCACAUGAUUUACCUCAUGGAGGAUGUGAUGAAGCAGAAUGUGACAGGCCGUCAGUGGAUUGCCAGUGAAGCCUGGACAGCAGGUGCUGUGCUCCAGACCCCCGACCUCAUGCCAUACUUGGGUGGCACACUGGGCAUUGCCAUCCGUCGAGGAGAAAUACCCGGCCUAAAGGAUUUUCUGUUAAGAACACGUCCAGACCUACAUCACAACAACAGUUAUGAAAAUAACAUGGUAAAUCAAUUUUGGGAACACACAUUUCAGUGCAGACUUGCACCACCUCCGGCAGGCUGGGUGGAAUCUGGGGGAGCACUAUGCACAGGAGAUGAGGAUCUAGAAAAAGUGGAAACUGAGUUUUUGGAUGUGUCUAACCUCAGGCCAGAGUAUAAUAUUUAUAAAGCUGUGUAUGCUCUGGCGCACGCUCUUGAUAACAUGCUGCAGUGUGUACCAGGCAGAGGGCCUUUCAACAGGCGCAGCUGUGCCACUUUGCAAAGACUGGAGCCGUGGCAGAUUGUGCAUUAUUUACAAAAGGUCAACUUCACCACACUAUUUGGUGAUCAAGUGUCAUUUGAUAAGAAUGGUGAUGCUUUACCAAUAUAUGAUAUUAUGAACUGGCAGUGGCUCCCUGAUGGAAGAACAAAAGUUCAAACUGUGGGUGCAGUUAAGAAGUCAGUGAUCAAGGGCGAAGAAUUCACAAUUGAUGAGGACAAAAUCUUCUGGAACUUUCAAUCCAAAGAGCCACCCCGGUCAGUGUGCAGUGAGAGCUGUCCUCCAGGUACCCGCAUGGCCAGAAUGAAGAGUCAACCUGAGUGCUGUUUUGACUGCAUCCUUUGUUCAGAGGGAAAGAUCAGUAAUGUGACUGACGCUACGGAGUGCACGAAUUGUCCAGAAGACUUCUGGUCCAGCCCUCAGCGUGACCACUGUCUUCCUAAGAAAACGGAAUUCCUCUCCUACCAUGAGCCUCUGGGUAUCUGCUUAACCACCACAUCAUUGCUGGGCACAUUUAUCUGUGCUGUUGUCCUGGGGAUCUUCAUCUAUCAUCGCAGCACACCCAUGGUACGCGCCAACAAUUCAGAACUGAGUUUCCUGCUCUUAAUCUCACUUAAACUAUGUUUUCUGUGCUCACUGCUGUUCAUCGGUCGUCCCAGACUAUGGACAUGCCAGCUGAGACAUGCAGCAUUUGGAAUCAGCUUUGUGCUUUGUGUCUCAUGUAUCCUGGUGAAAACCAUGGUGGUUCUGGCUGUUUUUAAGGCCUCCAAACCAGGAGGUGGAGCCAGUCUGAAGUGGUUUGGUGCUAUGCAGCAGAGAGGGACAGUUCUGGCUCUUGCAUCUAUCCAGGCAGCAAUCUGUACUACGUGGCUUGUCACAUCUUCACCAGCUCCUCAUAAAAACACUCAAUACCACAAUGACAAGAUAGUUUAUGAGUGUGUAGUUGGCUCCACUAUUGGGUUUGCAGUGUUGCUGGGUUAUAUUGGUUUACUGGCAAUCCUCAGCUUCCUGCUAGCAUUUCUAGCAAGGAAUCUUCCAGACAACUUCAAUGAGGCCAAACUUAUCACUUUCAGCAUGCUGAUCUUCUGUGCUGUGUGGGUGGCCUUUGUCCCUGCUUAUGUCAACUCCCCAGGCAAAUAUGCAGAUGCUGUGGAGGUAUUCGCCAUCCUGGCUUCCAGUUUUGGCCUCUUAGUGGCACUGUUUGGCCCCAAAUGUUACAUAAUCCUGCUGAGACCUGAGAGAAACACAAAGAAAGCGAUCAUGGGUCGGGGCAUCAACAAAUGA